AGUCAUUGAAAUAUCUGCAUAUUACACAUUCAAGUAUAACCUACCAGUAAAGAACAAAAUAUCUUUAACAGAAUAUAAGGGAGACCAGUGAUAAUUCAUUAAAGCUACUGAGAGGUGACCAAGAGAAGAUACUGGUACUCAAGAAUCUUUGACUCUCUGCAAUGUCUCCCAAUUCAACAACAAUGUCUGUGAAUGUUACCUCUGGUAGACCACUGUUUUAUAUUAAUGGGUUUUCUAAUAUGUUGUAUGCAAACUAUUAUUUUAUUUUCUUGUCUGUUGUUUAUGUUUUAACAAUAUUAGCCAAUGCAUUUCUAAUGCUAAUAAUAUGUGUAGAACAAAGUUUACAUAACCCCAAAUAUGUUGCUGUUUUUCAUUUAGCUGUAGUUGAUACCUGUUGUAGUACUGUGGUAAUCCCAUUUGUAAUUAAAACAUUCAUUUUCAACUCCCAGUUUAUUGUGUUCGAGGCCUGCCUUGCUAAUAUGUUUUUUGUGCAUUUCUUUAAUGUAUUGCAGUCACUUUCUCUUGUGCUCUUGGCAUAUGACAGAUUAAUUGCCAUAUGUUUCCCAUUGCGUUAUCACACAAUUAAUACUAAUACUAGAAUGACUGUAAUUAUAGUUGUAAUUUGGUUAAUUUUCUCAGUUUUGUUGCUUGUCCUGGUCCUUCUAGUUGCACGGCUGUCCUUCUGUAAAUCUACAGUGAUUGACAGUUAUUUUUGUGACCAUGGACCUGUUUACAAACUGGCCUGUAAUGACACAUCAGCCAAUUAUAUUUUUUCUGUACUGUUGAUUUCAUUAGUUUUAAUUUUACCAGUGGCCCUCAUUAUAUUGUCGUAUGCAUGCAUUCUAUUUGAACUUUUUAAAAUUGCAUCUAGGGAGGGCAAAAGAAAAGCUCUUAAAACAUGUACCUCCCAUUUAAUUUUGGUAAUAAUAUUUUAUUUCCCAAUAUUAGUGACGUAUGCAGCAGCAAUGGUCUCUGGUAUUCAUCCCAAUGCUAGAAUCUUAAAUAAUUCAUUGUCUGCUACCAUCCCACCCCUUUUGAACCCCAUUAUUUACACUCUGAAAACUGAAGAAAUAAUGGAAUCGAUUAAAAAGUUGUAUAGAAAAAACAAGAUUUUCCAGGUAAAAAGCUGA